CACCAACCGAUGCCUAGCAGCAACGGUUUGGCCUUGCAAUUUCUGUAUCGAUCUGAUGUCAAGUACAUUCACGGAAAAUUGUUUCCCCGCAGAUUAGUACCUGCAAUGUGGGUAACGAGCGAAACUGUCAUUACAGCAGUUUCAAGAGAAGUGAGAACUUGGUUACUGUAAUUUUGGUACUCGUCGUUUCCGACUUUCUAGAAUUUCUUGCUGUUUGACUCACACCCCUCUUCCCACCCCGCCGGCCCUGUUCCAAUUUGUGGUGAAUGACUCAACCUCACUUCCCUCGACUACUCUCACGCACUCUUCGAAAUCAAUUACACACAAAUCGUCGCACCUAUUCGAGCAUCAAUUACGGACGUGGGAAGCCUGCGAAAUCUAGAAUGGCGACCCUAACGACCAGGGUCGACCAGGUCGUGGAUCGCUCCGUAUUGGAGUCGAUGCUACGUCGAAGAGCUUUUUACUUCCCUUCGUUCGAUCCCUACGGCGGUGUCGCUGGUCUCUAUGAUUAUGGUCCCCCGGGCUGCGCGCUUCAAGCCAAUCUCAUCGACGUAUGGCGGAAGCAUUUCGUUCUAGAGGAAGACAUGCUGGAAGUCGACACGACCAUGCUUACCCCGCAUGAGGUACUGAAGACGAGUGGACAUGUGGACAAGUUCGCCGAUUGGAUGUGCAAGGACCCCAAGACUGGCGAGAUUUUCAGAGCAGACCAUCUGGUUGAGGCAGUCCUUGAAGCUCGUUUAAAAGCAGACAAGGAGGCCCGCGGAGAAAAGGUUGUGGUAAAUGAGGAGGAAGAUGCGAAGAAGAAGAAAAAGAAAGUCAAGGAUGUGAAACUGGUCAAGCUGGAUGAUGCUGUUGUCAAGGAGUACGAGGAGAUUUUGGCUAAAAUCGACAACUAUGAUGGGGAUGGGCUGGCACUCCUUAUUACAAAGUACGACAUUCGCAACCCCACCACUGGUGGCAAUCUCCUUCCUCCAGUCGCUUUCAACUUGAUGUUUCAAACAUCAAUUGGCCCUAGCAGUAACAUGCCAGGCUACUUGAGACCCGAGACCGCCCAGGGCCAGUUCCUCACCUUCCAGAAAUUGCUCGAAUUCAAUCAGAACCAAAUGCCAUUCGCUUCUGCAUCGAUUGGCAAGUCAUUCCGAAAUGAGAUCUCUCCACGUGCAGGUCUGCUAAGAGUCAGAGAAUUUCUCAUGGCUGAAAUUGAGCACUUUGUGGACCCUGAAGGCGGCAAGAAGCACCCCCGAUUUAACGAAGUCAAGGAUAUUGAGUUGACCUUGCUAAAUCGAGAAGUUCAACUCUCUGGCCGGACUGAAGUUGAACGUGUAACUGUCGGCAAAGCUGUGUCUACAGGUCUGAUUGACAACCAGACACUGGGGUAUUUCCUCGCACGCAUUCAACUAUUCAUGCUUAAAAUUGGCGUGGACCCCAAGAAGCUUCGAUUUCGUCAGCACAUGGCGAAUGAGAUGGCGCAUUACGCUGCUGACUGCUGGGAUGCUGAACUUCAGACGAGCUACGGCUGGAUUGAGUGUGUUGGCUGCGCUGAUCGUAGCGCAUACGAUUUAACAGUGCACAAGGAGAAGACUGGGGCUCCGCUGUUUGUCCGUGAGGCCCUUGCAGAGCCGCGGAAAUUUGAACAGUGGCAAGUUGAUAUCACUAAAUCCAAAUUCGGCCCACGCUUUAAAAAAGACGCGAAGAAAGUUGAGUUAGCAAUCAAUGCACUUACUGAAGACCUUCGAGAGAAACUCUCUCUUGAUCUUGCUAAGGAUGGUCAAAUCGAAAUUGAUGUAGAGGGAGUUGAUUCUGGAAAGGUGGUAUUGGAGAAAGACCUCAUCAAUAUCGAGAAACGUACAGUGGUGGAACACAUUCGUGAAUAUACGCCUAAUGUGAUUGAGCCGUCUUUCGGUAUUGGGCGAAUCCUUUACAGUUUGUUCGAACAUUCGUAUUGGCACCGAACUGGAGAUGAAGCCCGUGGUGUCCUUUCUUUCCCUCCACUUGUUGCGCCAACUAAGGUGCUUUUGGUACCUCUUUCCAAUCACGAAUCAUUUGCCCCCUUUGUUAAAAGACUAGGCUUGAAGUUCCGUCGUGCUGGUAUUUCCAGCAAGGUCGACGACACUUCCAGUAGCAUUGGCAAGCGUUACUCUCGUAACGACGAGCUUGGAACGCCAUUCGGUAUUACGAUUGACUUCCAGUCUGUUAAAGAUAACACAUUCACUCUGCGUGACAGAGACUCCACUAAGCAGGUCCGUGCGAGCGAAGAUGAGAUCUUGCAGGCUGUAAAGUCCAUGGUUGAUGGAGAGGAGACCUGGACGGAUGUGCAAAAGCGACUCCCAGAAUUCACGUCUCAAGAGACCGACUGAAGAAUUAAAAGUUGCUGAUUGCUGUAGUCAGCUAAUAUCGUAUAUCAUCUUGAGAAAAAUGCUGGGUGUAAUACUCCAAGAUCCGUUUGUGUAGUCAAUAGAGAGUCUCAAUCUCAGUCUCGGUAAAUCUGAUGAAGAAAUGAGCACCGACGAAUCAUAUUGACAUUGUGGAAUGCCGUCAUCGAUUUGUGUUCUUAUUCUAUAGUAACCCGCAUUAUCAAAUGCUGGGGGCAUGUAGAUGGAGAGGCCCUAUUGGCCCGUCCACCAUUCGCAGUCAC